AAUAUUUUUUUUAUUGAAUUUUAAAAACUUUGUUUCGCAAGAUGAUUAUUUCUAGCAACUAGCAGAUUUACUUUUGAAAAUUCGUAUUAAUCAAUCAACAACUUACAUUGAAUUACCAAGUGUAAUCAGCUCGCAAGUCUAUGCAUUCUUUAGGAUUCAAGUUAAUAUGGAAAUCAAUAAUCCACAAAGUUAUUGGUUUGUCGUUAGAGAAGACCAAAGCAAUGUUAUAUUUAGUAGUAACAAUUUCACUAUACAAGCACCACAGAUUACAGGACAAGACACAAGAUACAUUGUAGACAACACAGUAGACAAUCGCCAAUACGUUCAUAAUGUCCAAGCAGACAAUAUACCUGAAGUACAAGAAGAUGCAGCAAAAGACACUAAAGACUUUAACUUUUGGGACAGGAAUAAAAUAAAACUAUUGCUCUCACUUUGUCUAGAAAACAGAUUCAAAAGUGCGAACAAAGACAAAAUGUUGUGGAAUGAGAUAUCCAUACUUUUAGGCACCACACCUGAAGAGUGUGAUAAAAAGUAUAGAAACCUUCGCAGAACAUACAUUAGACUCUUAAAAAAGCAUAGAGCAGGUAAAGAUAUAAAAUGGGUCCAUUACAAUAUGUGUGAUGAAGUGUUCAAAGAAUGCAAGUCAAUGUCUAUGACCAUGUUGCCACCCUGGGAGGACACAAAGGUACGUAAACUAUUAAAUCUGUACAUUGAAAAUAUUAACAAGUUCCGCAGUCCUGAUCAUUUGCAAAAAGACAUAUGGAAAGACAUUGCUUCUCAAUUGAAUACUACAGAGUACAAUUGCUAUCACAAGUUUAAGAACAUGAAAAGAACCUACUUUAACUUGAUUGAGAGAAGUCAGGAAACUGGAAAAUUGAGAAAGUGGCCAUACCAUCAUUACUUUGAACGAAUUUACUAUAACUACCACCCAGAUUUGGGACCUUGGAAUAGAAAUAAAAUAAGACAACUAAUAAAUGCAUAUUCUGAUAUUGCACAUAAAUUUAGAAAUCCGAAAUAUCAGAAGAAAGAACUGUGGAGAGAAAUUUCUAGAAAAGUUGGCGAAUCUCCAAGUAAUUGUGACAGAAAAUUUAGAAAUCUAAAACAGACUUACUUGAGAUUAAAAAUCAGAGCAGACACAGGGAGGUCUAUAACCAAAUGGAGAUACUUUAAAGAUUUUGUGACAAUAUUUGAGAAUGAAUCAUUCGCUAUUAUAGAAGAGGGACAAGACAUGGUGUACAAGUCUUUAGAACAUGAUUAUAUUAAGCAACUAUUAACAUUUUAUCUAGAUAACAAGCAAAAAUUUAAUAAUCCACUUGUGAAGAAGAAACAUUUAUGGAGGCAAAUUAGUCCACGGCUAGGAUUGACAGCAGAAGAGUGCGAUAAAAAAUUUCGUAAUAUGAAACAAACCUAUAUAAGACUAGCAGAGAAAAAGAGAGAUACUGGUAAAGAUAAUACCUGGCCAUACUACUCAUACUUUGAAGAAAUCUAUGAUGGAUCUAAAAUGUUCAAAUUACGAGAAUGCAGUCACAAAUGCAACAUUGAUAAUACCACCAUUACAGAAAUAAGAAAUCUUGUCAGCGACCAUGAGACAAAAGACAAGGAUAAGUUUGAGAAACUUGUCUCCGCCAUAGAAGAUUCAAAUAACAUUCAAAGAGAAAGAAAUAGAAUUUUGCUAGCUCUCUUAAAUAGAUAGUACUUUAACAACUAAACUUGUUAAGAUAAGAGAGAAUCGUAAGUUUCGCAGUCCAUUGCACCACGUGUGGUGAACAUGGCGCUAUCAACAUAUGCCAAGAAAAAAUCUGCGGCAGAAUGGGACAAAUUAGAAGGUCUAAGGCACUCCAAGAAAUUCUUGGGCGUACUUGGAGCUUGUUUUCCAAACAAAAUUAACAGACUGAGUAGGAGACAGGCAAGAUACGCCAUAGCGACCAUAACAGGACACUUCGGCACAGGGUCCAUGCUGCUCAAAAUGGGCAUGUAGGGCCUGCAACGAGGACGUCGAGUCCAUGGAGCAUUUACUUUGUGAAUGCGACGGAUUGGCUAGAAAGCAUUAAACA